UAUUACUUGUUUGAGACGAUCCCUUCCUGCUUUGAGGAGCCAUGUUGUUGGCAGCUGAAACAUGGAAGACGAUUCAGACUUCUUAGACGCUCUGUACACGGAGGUCGCGCAGUCCUUAGAAUGGAAGGAAACAAAAGCCUUGAAGAAGAGAGUGUCUUCUUUAGAACUUCAAGAUCCCGUCUCGGACGACGACUUGGCCCAAGACAUCUUCAAGAAGUUGGAGAAGGAGGGGCAUUUCGGGAAGGGCAAUCUGCAGUACCUUACGGACCUCCUGACUGACUUGGGACGGGCCGACUUAGGGGAGAAAGUGCAGGCGUCAGAGCUGGAACCUGAGCCUGAAAACAAGUCCAUCAGCGACCAGAAGGAAGACACCACAGUUCUUCGGCGGCACUUCCGGCUCGUGGCGCAAGAGGUCUCUCCUCUGGACUGGAAGAGAUUCGCGAGGCACCUCGGUCUGAGCGAGGGUCAGAUCCAGCACAUCGGCAUGCGGCAGAAGAACAACUCGUACGAGGGCGUGAUCGAGUCGCUGUACGUCUGGGAGAACCACCUGGGGAGCAGCGCCACCUACCGGGUGCUGAGGGCAGCGCUGAACCAGGCAGGCAUGGAGAACGUGGCUGACAGUAUCUGGGCCUAGUGGGUCAGAAGCGCCUCCUACUGGGGGUACACAGAACUGCAGGAAUGGAUGUGUGUUGUUAUUUUUUCAAUCAGCCCCUGUUCAGGCCAGUUCUGACAUUGGUGUAAGGAACAAAUGUUUAACUUGUUAUUCCUACACAUAACAUUAAACAGUGCACUAACCAUAAGGCAAAAGGGUCUUGACCAGUUAGACUCGUCAGUUGGUGGCGCUUAAAUCCCACUGUUACAACAUAAUAACGACACUCGAGGCUACAAUGUGGUCUCAAUUUUUGCCUUGAAACCAAGCAAACAAAAGCAAAGCCUUUCUAUUUGCCAUCGAGUUGCAAACUAACAGCAUAGCAUAUAUUCACAGUCAUGUGACUGUAACAUAUUUGCAUUAUCCGCCAUGCUGCGUGGUUAACCUGGGAAGUUGCCUGGUAAAUUUGCAUCUACGAAACUACUUACAAUCACAUAGCUAUGACAUGAGUCCACAUUAUCAUGUUACACAUGCAAAUCUAUUGUGGUGACUCCAGGUUUGACUGAUAUUGUUGCUGUGAGCCACUGUAAACGCACUAUAUGUAGUGACAUCAUGUUACUUUACAUGUGACGAAAGAUCACCUUUAUCCGGGAGGUGACCUUUAUCCGUUGUUUUUAAACACAUGGUACUUAGGGAUACGAAGUCUAUAGACGGUUGUUUCAAGAGGCAAAUUUUGAAAAUAUUCCAAUUUGAUGCAACAAUUAAAACGGACCCCAAUAUUUGAAAAUAUUGCAGUUUGAUAUAACAACGGAUAAAGGUUACCCCGCGGAUAAAGGUGAACUAUUAGUGGUCAGAUGCUGUGAUACGGAAUGAAAAAUGGCAUAUCUUAAGAAGAGUUAUGACUUUGGUACUCAGAUAUAAAAGGACACGUAUAUCAAUAUCAAUGAAUUUAGCUGUUUUUGUACCAAAAUUGAAAAUACUUGAUUGUGUGAACAUGAUAUGCAAUAAACAUGUUGACUAUUACCCCA